CCCACAGCUGGGGGUGGUUCUCGCCUGGCCGCCCUCCCUCCUCCCCUCCCUCCCUCUCUGCCGGCGGGCUGCUCCCUCCCCGUGGGGCGCAGGGAGGCGAGCCCGCCCGCCCGGGAUGCCAUGGCUCCGCCGGGCUCCGCGCUGCCCGCCUGCCUGCUGGGGCUGCUGCUGCUUGUCUGCCGCGGAGAUUUUGGCCGUUCCUCUGAGCUGGCGUUCGUUGUGGAGCCUAGUGAUGACAUAGCUGUGCAGGAGCAACCCUUGAUCCUCUACUGCCAGGUGGAGGGCAUCCAGCCCAUCACCAUCACGUGGCGGAAGAAUGGCGUGAUGAUCGUGGACAGUGAGAACGCCUUUAUGUUGGCCAACGGGUCUCUCUACGUCUCCCGCUUCCAGAGGCUGCGGGGAGAUGGGUCCUCGGAUGAAGGCGAGUACGACUGCAUGGCACAGAACCACUACGGGCUGCUGGUGAGCCGCAAGGCAAAGAUUCAGGCAGCAACAAUGUCUGACUUCCACAUCCACCCUCAGAAUGCAGUGGUGGAGGAAGGCGGGGUAGCAAGAUUCCAGUGCCAGAUCCACGGCUUGCCUGAGCCAGUCAUCCUAUGGCAUAAGAACAGCAUGCCAGUCAACACAGACAAUGAAAGGUACACGCUGCUCCCCAAGGGGGUUCUCCAGAUAACGGGGCUGAGGGCAGAAGACAGUGGGAUAUUUCACUGCGUUGCCACCAACAUUGCUAACGUGAAGUUCAGCCGGGAGGCCCGGCUCACCGUGUCAGGCUCCCACUCCACCGUGUACAAGGACCCCAUGAUCCUCGUGGGCCCGGAGAACCUGACGCUGACCGUGCACCAGACGGCGGUGCUGGAGUGCAUCGCCACCGGCAACCCCCGGCCCAUCGUCUCCUGGAGCCGCCUGGACGGCCGCCCGAUUGGCGUGGAGGGGAUCCAGGUGCUGGGCACAGGAAACCUCAUGAUCUCGGACCUCACGGUGCAGCACUCUGGCAUCUACGUGUGCGCCGCCAACAAGCCCGGCACGCGCGUGCGCCGCACGGCGCAGGGCAGCCUCGUCGUGCAAGCCCCAGCAGAGUUUGUGCAGCAUCCCCAGUCCAUUUCCAGACCUGUGGGGACUACUGCCAUCUUCACAUGCGUGGCCCAAGGGGAGCCCCCUCCCCAGAUCACGUGGCUGAGGAACGGGCAGAUCCUGGAGACCAGCGACCACAUCAAGCUGAAGAACAACAACAGCACUCUCUCCAUCUAUGGGAUCAACCAGGCGGACGAAGCCAUCUACCAGUGCCUGGCCGAGAACAGCGCGGGCUCCACGCAGGCCAGCGCCCGCCUCACCGUGCUCUGGGCUGAUGGGCUGCCCAGCCCUCCUCAGAGCGUGAGGGCAGAGACUGUCUCUGCCACCACCAUCCAGGUGUCCUGGGAAAAGCCCCUGCAGAACACCAAGGAGAUCAUUGGCUACGUGCUGCACAUCCGGAAAGCUGCAGACCCCGUAGAGAUGGAGUACCAGGAGGCUGUUAGCAAGAGCACCUUCCAGCAGCUAGUGACUGAUCUGGAGCCCUCGACCAGCUACAGCUUUUACAUAAAGGCUUACACCUCGCGGGGUGCCAGCAAAGCCUCAGAAGUGACGGUGGUGAGCACGCUGGGGGAAGUCCCAGCCAUGCCAUCCCUCUUUAUUAAAGUCAUUAACAGCACCACCGUGCAGGCAACGUGGGAGCCCUCCAUCAAACUGGGCCAGCACGAAGGCUUCAAGCUGUAUUACCGCAAAGUCCACCUCUCCCAGUACACAGGUCCAGUGGUCCUGGCCAGCAACAUCACAGCCUACAACAUUACCCACCUGGAUGCAUCGGUGGUGUACGAAGUCAAGCUCCUCGCCUACAACCAGCACGGGGACGGGAACUCCACUGUCCGCUUCGUGUCCCUGAGGGAAACUGUGGAGAGGACAGUGCUGAAUCCUCCCUGUGACUGCAUGAAGGACGAGCAGAACAAUAAAACCUCCACGACCGGCAUCAUCAUCGGGAUCCACAUCGGCGUCACGUGCAUCAUAUUCUGCAUCCUCUUCCUUAUGUUUGGGUACCGAGGAAGGCUGCUGAUGUGCAAAAAUGUGCAGGAGCAGCUGUCAACCCCUCAGAUCCCCCGGAGCCAGCGGAGUGCCACGGGCCUUGUCCUGAACGGGGCCACUCGGAGAGACAGGGAUGACCGGGACCUGAACGGAAAGCAGCUGGAUAUGAAUGAGCUGGAGAGGUUAUUCCCAGCAUCCCCAUCCCAGGAGCAGCAGGAGAAGGGAAUAACGUCGGCUCACAGCCUGUCAGCCCCCCAUGAUGAAACCCAGAUCUCCACACUCCCUCUGGAUGAGUUCAGCAUCAUUGAGGAGCAGCCAGACCCCCUCCCACAAAACCCCCAUGCCAGCAGUCCUGCUGCUCCAGCUCCCAACCACGGCUCUGCCAAUGAAGGAUAAAACUGCCAAGACUCAAAGCCUCUUGUAGGAGUUACCAGAAACCAAACCCACGGCUGGUGA